AUGGAUCAGUUUGAAGUCAAUGGUGAUGAAGUUUUUGAAGAAUUCCUGAAGAUCAUUGUUCUAAAAGUUAGUGUGGGGAGAAUGUGGUACAAGUUACCGUAUGAGGAUAUCUCAGAGAAGAAGAAGUUGCUUGAGAAUGGAGAGAAAAACAAAAAGAGGAUGGCUUCUAAUGGUCGUUAUUAUGGGGAGCUUGAUGUCUUCAUAGAGAAACCUGAAACUAGUGAAGACGACGAGGUUGAUGCUAAGCUACAGAACGACGAGGUUGAUGGUAGAGAGGUUGAUGCUGAGCUACAAAACGACGAGGUUGAUGAUGAUGAUGAAGCAGAAGAGAGUGAAGAUGAGUAUCAAGCGAGUGAUAAAUCUGAUGAUGAAGAGGAUCUUGACAUAAAUUUUGAAGAGGAUCUUGAGAUGUUUAGGGAUGAGAACUAUGAGGAUGAGAUUGUAGACGAUGAUGAGACCUUUUACAGUGGUGAAGAGUUCAAGAAGCAAGUGAUCAAGUAUAUUCUGCAGUCAAGAAGAAAUGUAGUCUAUGACAGAUGGGAGAAGACAAAGAUUGGUGCUAAAUGCAGUGGUAGAGGUUGUGUGUGGCGUAUACACUGCUCAGUAGAGAGAUCCAUUCAGAAAUGGAUGGUGAAAGUGUACGUUAACACACAUACUUGCCAUCCCACAGGUAAGUGUAAACUCAUCAAAAGCCCUGCCAUUGCUGAAGUUAUGUUGGAGAAAAUCAGGAAGGAACCUGAAAUGAGUGCUCCAAUGAUUAGAGAAGAGUUUAGGGAGAAGUACAACAUCAUUAUCUCCCCCGAGCAGGCAAAGAUUGCUAGGCGUAUUGUUCUUGAUAAGCUACAGGCCGAAUGCAAUGAACAUUUUGCAAGGCUAAAAGACUAUGAGAUGGAACUAUUACGUUCAAAUCCUGAUAGCAAAAUAGAGAUCAAUACAAUAACGAAACCAAAUGGAGCGAAAGCAUUCCACUCCAUGUAUAUCUGUUUUGACAAAAUCCGCGUGGCAUGGAAGGAGUAUUGCAGGCCAGUUAUUGGAUUAGAUGGGACAUUCCUCAAGCACAGCUCUCUGCAAGGACUGAUUCUUACUGCGAUAGGAAGGGAUCCUAAUAACCAGAUAUACCCAAUAGCAUGGGCUGUGGUCGACUCUGAGAGCAAUGAUAAUUGGCAAUGGUUCAUUCACAGGUUGAAGAUUGAUUUGGGUUUAGGCGAGGGUGAUCUUGUGACAAUCAUAUCAGAUCAGCAUAGGGGAUUGAUUCAUGGAGUUACUGUCGAGUUGCCAAGAGCUGAACAUAGAGCUUGUGCUAGGCACAUCUACUUUAAUCUGAAGAAGAAUCAUAAGUCUGAUACACUGAAGCCUCUCUUCUGGCGCAUUGCAAGUAGCUACAACGAGGGUGACUAUGAGAGGAGUUUGGACGUUUUCAAAAAGUUUGAUCCGCUAGCAGCUGAAGAACUUAUGAAGAAGGAUCGUUCUAUUUGGUGCAAGGCAUUUUUCCGGAUAGGUUCGUGUUGUUCUGAUACACACAACAACUUCACAGAGUCUUUCAAUAGAACCUUGAAGAUAGCAAGAAAGAAGCACUUUAUUCAGAUGCUUGAGUUGAUUAGAAGAGAUGCAAUGCAGAGGAUAGCUACUAGAUAUAAGACAGCGAAAAAUGAGACGGGUCUCGUUACAAAGAAGGCGAGAAAGGAGGUUGAAAAGUCUUGUGAUGAAGCUAAGCAUUGCUAUUCUUAUCCUAGCACAGGUGGUGCUUAUGAGUGUGUUGAAUUUUCAAAUGGUUACACGGUGAAUUUGCCUUCUCGUAGCUGCGCUUGUAGGAAAUGGGACUUGUCUGGAAUCCCAUGUCGCAUUAUGUAUCUGUUAUCCUGGCGAUGUUUGUACAUGGAUGGGUUGGGGCCUGUAAAUGGUCCAAGGUUUUGGAAGCUAUCUGGUGAAGACCGUAUUGAAGCACCACCAUACAAGAGACCGCCUGGAAGACCAAAGGGGAAGGCAAGGAUUAAAGGAGUGCGUGAAUCCCCUAAGAAAAAUCAGACCAAAGUUGAUAGAAAAGGAAGAAUAGGUCAUUGUGGUCUUUGUGGUGGUGAAGGCCACAACUCAAGGAAGUGUCCUCGUGAGUCUGAUGAAAGCAGAAAGCUUAGGCGUCUCAACAUGGAACAACAGUCACAUGAGCUAGCAAUCGAUGACGUUUCCUCAACUGCACCACCUGCUACACAACCUUGA